ACCAACACUUCUCCUUAACAGACGAACGAUAAAAACGCUUUUUCUUUUUCAUUUCUUAGUAUUUGUCAAGCUURACUUUGACAGCGAAGAUGUGGUGUUUCAUUUCAGAGCCAAGUGGAAUAAUCCAUGAAAUUUUUUUACCUAGAAAUGCUGUCGGGCAAGAGUGUUUUGAUAAGGUCUGCGAGAAAUUACGGCUUGUCGAGAAAGAUUAUUUUGGAUUAAAAUACAGCGGUCCAAAUGGCGCACGACUCUGGCUAAACAUGAGAAAUCUUCUGUCUGUUCAGUUGACCGGCAAGCAACCACAUCGCUUAUAUCUUCUUGUUAAAUUUUUCGUUAAACCUCAAGAGCUGCAGCAAGAAAUUUCAAGGCAUCAAUUUUAUUUGACUCUAAAGAGCUAUAUAGCAAGCGGGAAGUUGGAUCUGUCAAAUUCACAAACAAAAACGAUUGCUAGGAUCUGUGCACUAAUAGCACAAAUUGACACUGGAGAUUUCAUUCCAGAAAAGCCUCCGCAGUAUUCAAUGUAUAUUCCCAAAUCACUCUACGUGUUUUAUAGUAAAACUUCAGAUCUCCAAAAGGAUGCAGCGGCAGAGCAUACACAAUUAAUUCAUACAUCUGCAAAUGAAGCAAAAAUCGAGUAUCUUCAUCUUCUAUCCACUGUGCCUGGUUAUGGCGUCGACGUUUUCAAAGGCAAAAUGUCUCGCGAAAAAUGUACUAAAAAGGUUGAAAUUUGCGUUGGAAAUGAAGGUGUUCGUGUUUUUAGUCUUACCGACGAGUUUGACGCUAAACAAGGAAGAGAAGUUGUCAAAAAAGUGGUGGAAAAAAGAAUAAAUUUCGAAGAUGUGUCGACGGUUUCCUACAACAACCGAUGUUUUACAGUGGUCCAUGGCAGUGGUGCACAGGCACAGCGCGUCACGUACAAAUUGAAGAACGAAUCAGAUGCCGUCGCUUUAUUUCGAACUUUCACGGAAUUCCACACGUUUUAUCAAUGUAAUACCGUGAAGCGUUCAGUCGUGGAUCAGUGCACCCGAACACUGAUGGGCCGUCUCGUCUCCGUCAUUCUGCCUUCCAAUGACUUUGGCAAAACGUAUUUAUUCGACGUCCAACGGACUCGCAGGCAGGCCUACAGUCAUGCAUGGAACGAAAUGAACUCAUUUCGCCAUAGCAACAUGUCACGUGUACCCGGUGGUGUGAGUCGAGUUGGUUAUUCGCUUUCCGAAUAUCGCCCGGUCCAGUCUCCAUUGAGUUGUCGAAAAUGCCUUGGAUCGCGUCGUAAAACCACUGUCGAUUUGGAGGAUACAAAAGAUCUCACUGAUUUCGACAUUGAAGCCAUGCAACCCGACGAACUGAAAAAAGUUGUUCGACACAUGCAAGACGCGCGAAUUUGCCAGAUUUGUAUGGAUGCCGAAGUUGCUACUGCCUUUUGCCCAUGUGGUCACGUGGUUUGUUGUGUAGAGUGCUCGGCCAUGUGUAAGGAAUGCCCACUAUGUAGGAGUCAAAUUACGUACGCUCAAAGAGUGUUUUUUCCAUGUCAGUAAAAUCUCGAUAAAUUGUGGAAUUUGAUCACUUGAUUUACAGAACAAGCAUCUCUAAAUACAUAAAGUAACUGGAACAAUUUCUAAUAUAUUUAAGUGCGCUGCAAAUAAAAUGAUAUCAAUAUUAUUUAUAUAAAAUACCAAGAAAAAAUUGAAAAACAGUCAUUUAGAAUUUGAUAGCAUUUUAAAAAGCGUAAUUUUGAAGUAAAAAAGUCAUCGUUASAUUGAUUGUCCAUGGAUAAGCGAAUGGAUUAAGGCUCGUCGAAGGUCCUUCGCUCGAUAAAUUAGUAGGAAUUAGUCGGACUUUAACUGUUGAAUGGAAACAAAUCACAGCGGCACAUCACGUGUUACUCCCGCACUACAUUKUUUUAGUGCUUUACACCAAUCARCAUAGYAAUAGAGUGCACUAUGUUCAUGAGUAGCGUCUAAACAGUUCAUACUUAAUAGUUCUCUAAUGGAACAAUCAGKUACUGUUAGUAUCUUCCUUGAUGCCUGGCGCACACAACAGAGACAACGACUGGGGAUUUCGAGUCAGCAGUCUUAACAUCUUUGAAUUGAACAAAAAACUCCCGUCAUGGAUAUAUUUUAUUUGUAGUACUCUAUGUGACUUCAAUUUCUUGCUUGAUAAUUCGUUAGCGAUGACUGCAUGGGACGACUGGGGCUUGAAAUCGGCAUAGUGAGAUAAGAACGACAACAUUGUGGUAUACAAACUGAUCCCAAAAUUUGGUAUGAAGAUAAGAUCACAUAGUAAUUACUGAUUCUGCCGGAAAACCAGACAAUACUGUACAUACACUUUGAUUUCUUUGAAAGCC